AUGCCUCUGCCAAAGGCUGACACGGAGUCAUCUCCUGUCGAAGAGGCCCAUGCUGGCCCUGACAGCUCAGACAAGGCGGCGCGAGCCUCUACUGCCGCUUUGCUCCGCAACCCGCUCGUUGGACUCACCACCGAUGAGCUUGUGGCGGAGGCUGAUAACUUCACCGAUUCGAAAGGGUUGCAAGAGCACCGAGAAAUCUUCCGCAAGGGUGCAAUGGUUGCCCAAGUGAUCAAUAAGCCCGACGGUUUCGAACCCAUCACCGCCCUAGACGACGAGGAGAAGGCAGGAAUGGACCAAACAGCCGUCAAUGGUGCUCAGGAGUACUACUACGCGACCUUUGACCUACGGGACGCAAGAAUGCAGGGUCUGGUCAACGGAGCCCCGUAUCUUUGCUCUGCGCUUGUCGGAUGCUGGAGCUCUCCUCUGCUCAACAAGUACACUGGACGACGAGGAACCAUCUUCAUCUCGUGCUUCUUCUCCGUCGUCACUGGUUUUUGGAUGGCUGCGGCCGACAGUUGGUACAACCUUUUGAUCGCCCGCUUUAUGCUCGGUUUCGCCGUUGGUGCAAAGAGCAGCACUACGCCAGUCUAUUCAGCAGAGAGUACACCCAAGUCUAUUCGCGGUGCUUUGACGAUGAUGUGGCAGAUGUGGACAGCGUUCGGAAUAGCCUUGGGCUUCAUCGUCUCCGUUGCAUUUAGAAACACUGAUUUUCUAGGAGAGAACACUCAGUGGCGAUGGAUGCUUGCUAGCACAUCCCUGCCCCCCUUGGUAGUCAUGGUACAGGUCUACUUUUGUCCCGAAAGUCCACGAUGGUAUAUGGAAAAGGGAAAGUAUCAGAAAGCUUUCCAGUCAACUUUGCGACUCCGUCACCACCCUAUUCAGGCGGCGAGAGAUAUGUUUUAUGCAUACAAGCUCUUAGAGAUCGAGAACCGGGCGCGUAGUGGCCGUAACUGGAAGGACUUCUUCACCGUCCGAAGGAACAGGCGUGCAGCAAUGGCUUCGUACUUCGUCAUGUUCAUGCAACAGUUUUGCGGUUCGUGCUACUCAACGUUCCCCUAUAGAUCCCAGGCCCAUCGUACAAUUGCUGACUUGAUGUACUACUCAACAAAUAUCUUCGAGAUGGCCAAUUUCGAUCGCAGUUCAGCUCUUCUCACUUCAAUGGGGAUGGGGCUGAUCAACUGGAUUUUCGCUCUCCCUGCUUUCUAUACCAUCGAUACGUUCGGCCGGAGGAACCUUCUUUUGGUCACGUUCCCUCUCAUGUCGCUCUGCUUGUUUUUCACCGGCUUCAGUUUCCUGAUGCCAGACGGUACUGCAAGACUGGCUUGCAUUGCAACCGGCAUCUACCUUUUUGCAGCGGUGUAUUCGCCAGGCGCUGGUCCCGUACCGUUCACUUACAGUGCGGAGGCAUUCCCGUUGCACAUCCGUGACAUCGGAAUGAGCAGCGCCACAGCCGUCACCUGGGGAUUCAACUUCAUCAUCAGCUUCACGUGGCCUUCUAUGAUAGAGAGCUUUGGUCCAACAGGCGCCUUCGUGUGGUACGCCUGCUGGAACAUCUUCGGCUUCGUUGUCGCAUACUUCUGGCUCCCGGAGACCAAGAACCUAACGCUGGAAGAGCUCGACAGUGUCUUUUCCGUCCGCAGCCGCGACCAUGCCGAGUACUACUCGUCAAAGAUCCCUUGGUACGCCAACAAGUACUUGUUGCGUCGCGACGUAAAGCCUUUCCCAGCUCUAUAUGAAUUGGCCGAAGACGACCAAGACCAUGAUGGAUCACGCAAGGCCAGUAUGCAUCAUAACGAGACUGGACACGUCUCCAGGGAGUCAAACGAGAAGCAAAUCUGA